CCCUUGUGCCCACUGUUUCCUUUCAUGUAUCGGGAGCGCGCCUGUGAGUAGUACUGCGCGCCUCUCUUCUCACGGUCGAGUGCAUCAGCAUUAUUUAUUACACAGUAGACCUUUGGUGAAGAUGGCGAUGUAUUCGGCUCUUCGGUGCGUUUCUUCAAACUUUUGUGCUUCUCUGCCAUUAAUAACCAGAUCCACUCAGAUUUCAUCGUGUCAAUAUUUUAUGCGGACCAACUUUCAUCGCACACUGAGCACAACCUCACGUCUCUCUUCAGCCCUCAAAUACACAGACAAACAUGAGUGGGUUCGAGUGGAGGGGGAAAUUGGAACAGUUGGCAUCAGCAGCUAUGCUCAGGAGGCAUUAGGUGAUGUUGUUUACUGUGGUCUCCCUGAGGUUGGGACAAAGCUUGAGCUAAUGGAGGAGUUUGGAGCAUUGGAAAGUGUAAAGGCCGCUAGCGAGCUGUACUCUCCACUAACAGGGGAGGUAACCGAAAUCAACACUGAACUGGCAGACAACCCCGGCCUAGUGAAUUCAGCCUGUUAUGAAGGAGGGUGGUUGAUUAAGAUGACCAUUGACAACCCUGGGGAACUUGACGGUUUGAUGGAUGAAGACGCAUAUGGCAAAUUUGUAAAAUCACUUGACUAAUACUGUUAAGAUGCUGCUUUUCUUACUUGAUGUUAAUCAUGAUGAAACAUUUGCAUCUCAUUGGGAAAAUACUAAUGUUUUACUUUUUCAUUUUAUUUAUUUUGAUUGUGAUUGUUACAAAAGUAAUCAAACAGUAGUUUACCUCAAAUGUUAACCAAAAACGUAGGCCUACGCAUAACACUUUAAAAUGAUGUUUCCAAAGGGCUUCAGCCACAGUCCUUUAUCAUGAAAUAGUUGGAACCAGGUUCAUAUGGUUGAUCUUUGUAAGCAUGAUUUUCUUUGUAAACAAAGUGACAAUAAAACACAAGUCAGUGAUCAGAAA